AAUAAAAAACUUAAUAAUUGAAAAAUAAUUAACUUGGGAAAAGAGAAACGAAGCCGCACAUCUUCCACAUCGCUAAGCACUUUUCGCCGUCUAGAACCCUACUGUUGCAGUUGAAGAAAAUUCAAUCCUUAAAGAAAAAGAACAACCCAUCACCAACAUCUGCCUUCUCUACUUUUCCCCAAAACAGAUUGAUAUAAAUUAUAUUGUACAAUAAAAGUAUUGGUGAAAUCUGCAGAUUUUGGGAAUUCACCAUAGAUUGGUUGCAUUCUAUUGUUUCGGACUCCAUGCGCUUCGGCCUGAGUUUCUUGGAAAAAUACAAAUGGAUAGGAGCUGGAUCAAACUCAAUGAUUUUACUUCUAAGGAUUACGUUGAUGGAGUUACAGGUUUCAUGAAAUUUGCUUUACAACAUAUUGGGGAGAGAAAAGAUAUACCUUGUCCAUGUGGAAAUUGCUUGAAUCAGAUAUUUCAUUCACCUUAUGUAGUCCAAAUGCAUUUACUCAUUAAUGGGAUGGAUGUUGAUUAUAGUGUAUGGGAGUUCCAUGGUGAAAAUCCUAAUCAGUACAUAGAAGAAGAUGAUUAUGCAGAAGAUGACUCAGCGCAUAAUAUGGAUGAAACAUUUGAGGAGCAAGAGAUGUUGGAAGAUUUAAAAUUUGGUAUGCAUAAUUCUGAUCAUAAUGAGAAUUUGUUUGAAUCAUUUGAUGCUGACAAUGCUGCUCAACCAAAUAUCGUACAAGAUGAUGAAGUGGACAAUUUUCAAAACUUGUUGAGUGAUACACAACGAGAAUUAUAUCCUGGUUGCUCCAAGUCAUUGUUAUCUUUCCUUGUCAAGUUGCUUCACAUCAAGGUCUUGAACCGAAUGACUAAUAAAUGUUAUGAUAUGAUUAUUGAUUUAUUCAAACAGUAUACGCCAGAAGGUGAUAUUAUUCCUUCGUCAUUUUAUGAGGCCAGAAAGGUAUUAAAAGGCAUUGGGUUGGGCUAUGAGUUUAUUCAUGCAUGUAAAAAUGACUGCGUUCUCUUCUGGAAAGAAUACGAGAGCUUAAAUAGUUGUCCGGUCUGCAAAGAGCCUAGAUGGAAGGUGAACGAUGGAAAAGAAAAGAAAAUUCCUCACAAAAUUUUACGCUAUUUUCCGCUUAAGCCAAGAUUACAAAGGCUGUAUCUGUCAAGGAAGACAGCCUCUGAUAUGAGAUGGCAUAAAGACCGUAAGAUUGAGGAAGAUGACACUAUGAUUCAUCCUGCAGAUUCUGAAGUUUGGAAGGAUCUCGAUAAACAAUAUCCUUGGUUUGCUCAAGAUCCUCGAAACGUUCGGCUUGGACUAGCCACUGAUGGAUUUAAUCCUUUCGGCAAUAUGAGUAAUUCUUAUAGUGUAUGGCCGGUGAUUUUGAUGGCAUAUAACUUACCACCUUGGCAAUGCAUGAAAGAACCUUAUCUCAUUAUGUCGCUAUUGAUUCCUGGUCCUCGAUCACCUGGAAGAGAUAUUGACGUAUAUUUAAGACCUCUGAUAGAUGAAUUGAACGAAUUGUGGGAAGUUGGAGUGAGAACUAGAGAUGCCAAAACCGGAGAAUUGUUUCGCUUGCAUGCAGCAAUUUUGUGGACGAUUAAUGAUUUUCCUGCAUAUGGUGAUAUUUCCGGACAUCGAACAAAGGGGUAUUAUGCUUGUCCAAGAUGUAGCAUUAAUACUCCUUCACAAAGGCUAAGAAACAAAAUUGGUUACAUCGGUCAUAGACGAUAUUUGCCACGUCAUCACCCAUAUCGGAAAAGUGUUAAUUUUAAUGGAGAGAAAGAAUAUCGACCCAAGCCUGUAGAGCUUUGCAAUGACGAUAUUAUUAUACAAUUGAAGGAAGUCGAAAAUAUUGUGCUUGGCAAACAUUCCACUGAUCGAAAACGAAAGAGUUGUUCGGAGCACUCCUGUUGGACCAAGAAGAGUAUAAUAUUUGAGUUGCCAUAUUGGUCGAAACUCAAAUUACGUCAUAAUCUUGACGUAAUGCAUAUUGAGAAAAAUAUAUGUGAAAAUGUGAUGGGAACUAUACUAGACAUCGAUGGUAAAACUAAGGAUACGGAAAAAGCUCGUUUAGAUUUGGAGGACAUGGGUAUAAGGAGUGAGUUACACUUAAAAUCGUUGAAAAGUGUCAAAGCAAAUAAAGAAGGUAAAGUGAAGUGUUUAAAGCCGCGUGCAAUCUAUGCUCUAUCCCAAAAAGAGAGAAAAGAGUUUUGUCAAUUCUUGAAAGGAGUACAGUUUCCUGAUGGAUAUGCUGCAAAUAUAUCUAGAUGUGUGAAUAUCAAGGAUGGUAAGAUAACAGGGUUGAAAAGUCAUGAUUGCCAUGUUUUAUUACAACGGCUGCUUCCCGUAGGACUACGUGGUUACUUGCAUAAAGAUGUUUUGGAUCCUGUAACUGAGUUGGCAAGUUUUUUCAGACAAUUGUGUUCUCGAAAACUAAACUUGAAUGUCCUAGACAAUCUGGAGAAAAGAAUUCCUGUGAUAUUAUGCAAGUUAGAAAUGAUAUUUCCACCUGCGUUUUUUGAUGUUAUGGUCCAUUUAGCAAUUCAUUUGGCACAAGAAGCAAAGAUUGGAGGACCUGUACAGUAUAGAUGGAUGUAUCCUAUUGAAAGGUAUCUAAGUAGUCUAAAAGGAAUGGUCCGAAAUAGAGCUCGUCCUGAAGGCUCAAUUGCAGAGGCUUAUAUUGUGAAAGAGUGCUUGAAUUUUUGUUCGUUGUAUCUUCGUGGAGUUGAGACAAAGUACAAUAGAGAUGAAAGAAAUUGUGAUGGUGAUGAACAUCCAAAUGCAUCUAUCUCUAUUUUCCGAAGUAAAAUUCGAACCUUUGGAGAAACAAAUUUUGUACAGAUGACCACUGAACAAUAUAAUGCAUUGCAUUGGUUUGUCUUGAAUAAUUGUGUGGAGAUAGAAUCGUAUAUGAGGGAGCAUGAAGAAAUACUUAAGCAAGAAAAUCCUAUUGGUUGGGAGUUUAGACAGAAAAAAGAGUUUUCUUCAUGGUUUGACAAUCGAAUUAAACAACUUCGAAAUAUAAAAUCCAUAGAAGCUACGGAUGAACUUCUUGCACUCGCAUCAGGCCCUGAUUACCGUAUUAGUAAAUGUAGUGGGUGCAUAGUAGAAGGAGUUAAGUAUCUAACUAGUAAAAGAGAUUCUAGACGAGUAACCCAAAAUAGUGGUGUGUGUACAGAUUCAGUUCACAAAGGUAAAAUGAUUAAGUUUUAUGGAGUUUUAGAAGAUGUGAUUGAGUUGAGUUACGCUUAUGAUUACCGAUGUGUACUAUUCAGUUGUAAAUGGUUUGAUUUGGAUAGACAUAAAGUAGUAAAGAUAGACAGUGACCUCGUUAGCAUAAAUGUGGGUAAGGUCUGGUACGAAAAUGAUCCUUAUAUCUUAGGAAAUCAAGUAACUCAAGUUUUCUACGUGAGGGAUACUAAAUUAGGUGGAAACUGGAAAGUAGUUCAACAUGUACAACAUCGACAUCUUUUUGACCCAUCAAUCAUUCAUUCUGCUAAUGAAAAUGAACCUGAUGCAUAUCAGCAAGAAAAUUGUGUUUAUAUUGAAGUUGAAGAUAAUGCUUUAGAGGUUGGUUCGGUAGUACGCACUGAUGAAGCUCCUUUAGAGAUAGAAAUUGCUGAAAAGAUAGUUAAUUCAGGUGUGCACAAUAAUCAACAUGACGAAGAAGAAGAUGGUGAAGACGAAGAUGACACCCUAGUUGAAUAUUGGAGUAGUGAUGAUGAAGCUGCAGCUCAUGCCAAUGUAGAUAGCGAUCUGGAUUAAUAAAUAAAUGCAGUGGGUACGUAAUGUUGUGGACAGUGUACUUGAGAUAGUGGUUUAGCAAGAGCAGAUGAGGAUUUUUCUCUUUUCAGCUUCAGGGAUAAGUAUGGGCUUAAAAGUGGAACCUACACAAGAAUCAAGAUUUGGUACUUCCGGUCUUUGAUGAGAGUAAAAAUCCAAAAAAUUCAACUUGUAAUAUUAAUGAACGAAAUGUUGGACACCACUUACAAUGGCUUGGUUUUAGGAUUAUUUUGUAUAACAUUGAUUGAAAUUCAUUAAUGGUCAUUUGCCUGAUUCUUUACUUAUAAACUUACAACUUUGAGUUUUGUUUGAUUA